AUGUCUACUUCCUUUACUGACAAAAUCACAAGUUCACCAAGUCCCAUAUCCUAUGCUUCCAUUGCAGCAUUCUUUGCACUAUUUGCUACACUCAAUUAUCUGGGACAAAUAUUAGCAUUUCACAUUGUAAAAAAGCAGGGAAUUGAUAAGUCAAUGAAAAAGAAAAUUGUUAAAUAUGUUGGACUUUCUAUCAAUACGAUAGUAACUGUCAUUACCAUUGGCUCAGGAUUAUGGUACUGUAUUAAGGCUUGGGAAGCUUCCAAUGGAGAUACGCUCAUAGAGGGAACGGAUGUGUAUUUGAUUUUUGUGGAAUGCAAUGUUGCUUUUUUCCUGAGUGAAUUAAUUUGUGGAGAUAUUUCUGUUUCGAUUAGGAUACAUCACUUGAUUUGUGUAUUUGCUUAUUUAGCUACUCUUGAGGAGCACAAGUUGGCAUGGUAUUCAGCAAUAGCAUCAUUGAAUGAGUCAACCUAUUUAUUCUCCCUUCUUCUGUACAUUUUCUAUAAAUCAGAGAGAGGAGAGCCUGAUGACAAUAAUGAAGAAUCAUCCAAAUCAAAGUAA